AUGACCGGUCUCACUCAACUCACAGUCCUAAACCUGCGCAACAACCAGCUGGGCGGCUGUUUGCUGCAGCCCAUUCCCCCGUCCAUCCGCCAGUAUAAGCUAGACAACAACUUCUUCUCCUGCGGCUUCUCCACUCCGCCCAACUGCACCCAGACCUUCAUAGCCGUACAAGCCAACUGCCUGGGCGCCGCCGACGUGCCUCCGUGCCCUAUGGACCCGCAGCGAGUGAAGGAGGUCUGUGCUUCCUUCUGCGGCCUCUCAGUCAACACGCCUUCCUGUGCCGGGCACGGCACAUGCUUCUUCUCAGGGCCCAACAGGAUCCCCACGUGCGCCUGCCUCACCGGGUAUGCCGACGGGGAGCUCCCAGGGACGUGCGUGGCAGCUGCUGCUGCUGGUGUGACUCCUGCGGACUUCUCCCUUCUGACGUCAAUUAGCGUUUCUUCUGGCGACGGUGGCGGUGCGGAGAUGGCGGUGAGUGGAGCGGCAGCGGUGCAGGCGGACAGCAGUGUGGUGCUGACGAGCAACCAGCAGGCGGCGUGGGGAGCGGCGUUCCUGGUGUCGCGUGUGCGCCUCUUCUCCUACGCUGUCAAGAACCACUCCAAUGGCGUCGGGAAGGGCGGCCUCGCGUUUGUCCUCACAGCAACGGACUCCGUUCCUGGUGGGGAUGGCAGCACGGUGGGGUAUGCAGGCAUGGAUGAGCGGAGUCUUGCGGUGGAGUUUGAUACGUUCCAGGAUGCGAGCAGUGGGGACCCGAGCAACAGCCACGUGGGUAUCAACAUCGGUGGCUCUGUGAUAUCUAUAUCCACGGCGGCCGUGCCAGGGCUGAACACAGGCAGCACCAAGUAUGCAUGGAUCGACUACUCUCCGGUGAAAGGCGGGCUGCUGGCGGUGUAUGUGGCCAGUGCGGCCACUCGCCCGGCCAAGCCCAUUCUCAAGCGCAGUGUGUCACUGUGUGACGUGCUGAAGCCCACGUUUGAGGAGGCCACGUUUGUGGUUGGCUUCACUGCCGCCUCGUCUGACCCCCCCCAGGAGCACACGGUGCUGCAGUGGUCGCUGGAUACAGCCCUGCCGCUGGGCUUCACGCUAGCAGAGGCCACGUUCACCACCACGGGAGUCAACCGCUUCUUCCGCUACGCCAGUGCCGGCGCGCUGCAACCCCCAGCACCAGCAGCACCAGCAGGGGCAGCAGAAGCAGGCGCAGCAGAAGCAGGCGCAAGUGCAGAGGAGGAGCAGCAGUGGGCAGUGGCGACCAACAUGACAUGGAUUCGCUCAGACCUACUGCCCAGCUGGCCGGUGCCCAACCAGGCGGGGUGUGGCGACUGCUGGGCUUACGCUGUCGUCGCCAGCAUAGAAGCCGCCUACGCUAUCCUCUCACCCAACGGCUCGCUGCCUGUCUUCUCCGUCUCCUCUCUCGUUGCCGACAUGAAGGCGGAUUGUUCCGGAGGGUCGCCCUCCAAGGCCUUCCAGUACCUGCUUGCUAUUGGCAAGCGCGGCGGGGGGCUGCAGGUCGGUCGGGUGGGAGGAGCAACGGGAGCAGGGAGGGGAGUAGAGAAGGCUGGAGGGAGGGGUGUAGGGGGUGUGGGUGUGGCAGAAAGAAGCGGUGCGUUGGGAUUGCAGGGGAAACAGGGGGCACCGACAGCAUCCACAGCAGUGGCAGCAGCGGCGGGUCAGAUUCAGAGUCCACUGUGCUCGCCGCUGCUGAAACCGAUAGCGGCGCUGUUGGGAGUGAAGUGCACGACCAAGGAGAAAACGCAGCAGGUGCGCCCGGGCUACAGCAUCAGGGGCUUUGAGCGGGCGGCAUUCUACAGCUGGUUCGGCCUGGUGCUGGCGGUGCAGCGGCAGCCCGUGGUGGUGCACAUAGAGGCGUCUGCCAAAUCCUUUCUCAACUACGAUGGGGACCCAGCGUGCUUCACGUACAACCUGAACCACGUGGUGCUGCUGGUGGGGUACCGCCUGGUGGGGUCAGAUGAAGCCUUCCCCCACAUGGCGCCGCCCUUCUGGAUCAUCCGCAACUCAUGGGGGCCUGACUGGGGCGAUGGCGGCCACAUGCGCAUGGACAUCCAGGGGGGGGAUGGCGUGUGCGGCAUCAACACUCUGCCGGGGGUUUACCCCAUCAUUAUUGACAAGCGAGACCCGUGCAACAGCGGGGCGCACCGGGAUCCGAUUGGUGCGGUGCUGAACCCGUGUGGCAACUUCACAUGCACGGUCACUGCUGACCGCAGGUCCAACCGCUGUGACUGCAACACCGCAUCUGACGGCCGAUUCAUUGAGGCCACCAACACCGAUGGCUCGCGCACCUGUGCCUAUGCGCAAAUCCGCAACCCGUGUGCGGUGGGCACGUGUGUGAAUGACGGGGCGGGGUCGUACUCGUGUGUGUGUCCACCGGGCUUCAGGCAGGGCACCACCGUCGAUGGCACCUUCUCCUGUGCGCCCGGCAGCACCAACGGCACCUACACCGUCGUCUCACCCAAUGUCAAACCUCUCGUGUUGCUCCUUUUGUUCCACACCCUGUUUCCUCCCUCUCAUCUGAUUUCCUCCUCCAAACCCAGUCACCUCGCUCUCACCCAACCCAACCCAAUCACCGCCAUCUCACUCACAUGCGUGCCGCCCUGCCACCAGGCCAUCGCUUGUGACUCUGCUCUGGCCGUCAACUCGGUGCUCCGAGUCGCCCCACCCACCACCAUCACCCCCUGCUCUGUCUACUACACCACUGAGCAGGGCGACACAUGUGAGACCCUGGCGACCUACUUCUCUCUCGCCAGCACCUGUCCAUCCCCCGAGUGCACGGCAGCCUUCCAGGUGCUCAACCCGGGGGUGGACUGCGGCACCACCAGCAGCGAGCUUCCACCCAACCAGGCGGUGUGUGUGGAGCGGCGGGCGGAGAUGGCAGGCCUGGUGGCGCUGUGCUCGCAGUAUUACUUCGUGGAGAGCGCCGAGACGUGCGAGUCCAUCCGCAACGUGCCCGACCCGCCUCUCUCCCGUGUUGACUUUUACCGCCUCAACCCCGGCAUCAAGUGCAGCCGCCUCGUGCCUUAG